AUGGCAAAGUUUAUCUCUCGACUUUUCCGCAGCAACAGUUCCUCAUCGUCGAACCGUCGUUCACCACAUGGAUCGCAAUUGUCUAUUAACGAAAGUAGUCGCCAUGGCGGUUUCCAAACGAAUAUGCGAGCAGCAUCGUCAAUGGACAAUCUUGCGUCGUAUCUCGUCAAUCCAAAAGAAUUAGACAAAAAUAAAUUGCACAAAGCAUCGUGGGAAGGAAAUCUACAGAAGGUACAAAGCCUUGCCCGACCAAAUGUAAUCGAUACGAAGGAUCAACGCGCCAGAACUCCAUUGCAUCUAGCUGUAGCUAGAGGAAAUCUUGAGGUUGUGAAGUAUCUAGUUCACGAAGGUGCUAAGUUAGAUGUGUUGGAUCAAGAACGACGAACACCUUUGAUCAAAGCUGUUCUUAGUAGCACUUCCAAUCCAUCCGUAUCCUAUGAAAUAUGCGUGCGUCUUUUGGAUGGAGGAGCUGAUGCUUUUAUCAACGCUGUUGAUAUUAAUCAUAAGAAUGCCCUGCAUUACGCCGUGGACUUUGAACAAGAAAAACUUGUGGAUCUAUUUCUACUAGUUCGCAAUUGUGACCCGAACUUUCCUGACGGCAAUCAAAUGACGCCAUUACACCUCGCAGUUGAACGAAGGUGUCCAAAUAUUGUUCGUAUACUUCUAUCUGAGCAGCAUGGACAACAUGAACAACAAGCAGAUCCGAACUUAACAAAUCGAAAUGGACAAACGCCAUUGCACAUGGCUGCGGUCAAUGGUGAUGCACAAAUUGUCCGAUACAUAAUCGAAGCCUAUCUUGAGGAGCCAUGCGAUCCGGGAAUUCUUGAUCCUCAACAAUUAACUGCUCUUCAAUUAGCACAGAAGCAUAAUCAUGUUCAAUGUGUCAAAUUACUCAGUGAUUAUCAACAACAGUGGCCAACAUUGAAUCCGCUCAAACGAAACACAUCUGGCUCAAUCAGCGAACAAGUUGUAAGUAGCGCGAAAAUGGACCCAUCACGCAGACUAGCAGAUGACGAUGAUGAUGAUGAUGCCGACGAUAGUACAACAUCAAGUGAAACAAGUUCAAGAUCGUCGUCGAAACCUUCGUCCAGACAGCCAUCACGUCCACUAACUCAACGAUCAGAACAAUCUGUAUCGUCACUGUCGACAUCUCAACCACCACAACGGAGUCUGGCAGAUUUGAUAAAAAAUAACCCAAUACAACCAGAUAUAGCGAAAACCAAUGCCGCGAAAGCUACCAAUCAAACACUAUCAAGUUUGAUUAAAGCCAACCCGUUACAACGAGACGAAGACUUUCAAAGUAAGCCUGCUGCAACGCAACAGAAGCAACCGAUACCACCACCACCGCCUUCGAUGUUCAGCACGACGUCUAUUUCAUCACCUCAACAUAAAGACUUAGAGAGUAGUUCAACGAGUGUAUCCGUUGAAAAAUCAAUCAUAGGUAUGAAUCCUCUCGCCGAGCAACCCUCACUAAGAAAAAAGAAUGUUACCAUCGAUGCACUUGUUAAAACAAUUCCGGUAGCCCAACCAGUUGGAUCUAAUUCAAACUCGUGGACGCAGGAUUCCACGUCAGUACACGAACAAAAGCACAUUGUUCAAGCGAGAAAAGUCGAUACGUGGGAUGAUGAUUCGGCAACUCAAUCUGAUGAUGAUGACACGGGUGUUUACAGACCGAAAUCAGCAUCGACUAAUUUUCCAAAACAACAACCAUUUUUACCAUUAAGUGGUACAUCCAUGUUUAUUACAGCGCAAAAAGAAGAAAACAAUGACGAUUCAAGAAGUGAUGAAGAUUCUAUUGAAGCUGCUAUACGAAAACAAACCGCACCAAACCCAUCAAAUGGCAUUCAAAAUCUCGUUACUCAACAGAUUGGAAACAAAUUUCCUGCAUUUCCGGCACAAUCAUCCAUUCCAAUAUCACCGCCGCCUCUCAGUGAUGACUCGUCAUGGUCAACGGACUCGGUCAAACCAAGCAAACCGAAUGCAACUAAGGGUCUUAAUUCGCUAAUUCAACAACAACCCUUACACCAGCAACAAAUGACUGAAUCGAAUUUGGACGAUUCUCGACCGCUAAGUGCUGAUUUGAAACAGCAAUCAACACACUCGAAAAGUACUACAUCUCCUACAUCGAGUGAUAGUGACGAUGAACAGAAUGAAAAAGCACAAACGAUCAUUAAGUCGCCAUUUUCACAUGGAGUGCUAACAAAUCUUGUUCAAACGAAUAUUCAUGCAGCAGAACCUACAGAAAUCAAAUCGACCGCCAUCGACAACUUGACAAAAAUCAUGAAUGAUAUUAAAAAUUCAGCUCCGUCUCAUCCAAAACAACCGACCUUACCCAAUACAAUUAGUAAAAUUGUUGCUUCACCGUUACUACAACGCAGCGACUCCAUGUCAUCGAAUGCAAGUUCUUUACUUAAUGAUACGAUACGAUCAUCAAUAUUACCAGAUUCUGGAAAUGCCAAUUCGAAACCAACGUUGUUCGGUGACGGUAUAAAUACGAAACAUUGGUCUGCGACAACAACGGACAGGCACGAUUUCGAUCUUUUGAGUAGCAAGCAUUCAAGUGAAACGAUCCAACAAACACACCGACAAUUCACCCGCUCAUCGAUGCAUCACGAUUUCAAUAAUUUACGUGGAUCAAUGUCUUCGUCAACAUCAUCCAUUCAGAAUAAUAUGGAGCGUAUCAGUGAGCUGAAAGAAGAUAUUAAACAGAUCGAGCGUAAACAGGAAGACAGUCGUGAAUUGAAACGACAAUUGAAAGACAUGGAAGCAAUGAAGAAUAAUUUCGAAGCAUUAUUCAAAAAGAAUGAUCAACUAUUACGUGAGACGGAAACGAAAUUAGAAAAAGAAAUCAAUGAGAAGCAACGUCUUGAAUGGACAACAAAGAAUUUGAACAUGGAAUUGAAAAGUAUCAAACAGAAACUUCAGUCAUUAGAAGAUGAAAAAGAUAUUCUCAAUCAGCGUUGUCUCAAACUAAAAGACGAGCGAGACAAUUACGAUGAAAAACUGCGCAUCCAUCAAGUAAACACCCUACAAGCUUCGGCAGCUGGUGUUUUACGAGAAGAAGAUAUCGAAAAAAUCAAAUCACGACAUCGUGAAGAGAUGAAAUUACUAUCAGCAGAAAAUGAUGAUCUUCAUCAACGUACGAAACAAUUACAAUCCGAUCUGCAACUACAUAAAGAAUCACUUGAUGUUACAGUCCGUUAUAAAAUCGAUUUGGAAAAGGCUUUAGAAGAGAAACUCUUUCUACAACGUGAAUUAGAUCGUUUGAAACACGAAAAAGAUUUUAUUGAACAAGAAAAGACUGAUUACAAGACCAAAUAUGACAGUUUACAAGAUGAAAUACGUGCUCUAAUCUUGGAUCGUUCACGACUUGAACAAAAACUAACACAUGAGUUAGAAGAACAAACAAAACAAACACAACGCUCCACAGAUGAUAGCAAAAAGUACAAAGCACAAAUAGAACAGUUAAACUUAAAGCUAGGCGAAGCAGAAGCACGUUUAUUGGUCUUACAAAGCCGAAAUGAAGCAAUAUUGGCGUCCAAAGACGAAGAAAUAAAAAAUGGACUGGAAACAUUAACGCAACGUCUGAACAUGAUCGAAUCAGAGAAACUUCAUGCUGAACAACGUUAUCAAAACGAACGACAACAUAUUACCAACAGACAACAACAACAAUCGCAACAGCAUACACCACCAACGAUACACGAACCAUUGGUAAUUUUGACCUCGCCAUCAAUGAACAAUGGCGCUCAACAUCAGCAACAAUCCUCGCCCUCGCCGUCUUGUACAAAAUGUGAUGUAUUCCAACGAAACUUUGAACAAGAACGUGAACAGCGUGUGCAAGCUCAGCGAGAUAACGAACGAUUGCGUGACACAGUCUCACGACAAGAACAACAGCAGCAGCAGCAACAUUUAUCAGAAACAUUUAAAAAAUAUCAAAGUAGCGAUCAUUUGAAUAUGGAAAGUAAUCGACAAAUUCGAUCAGACACCGAACGUAUGAAAUAUGAAAUCGAUCGUCUUCGACACGAUUUCGAUAAAUUAGUUUCAAACUAUGACUCACCAAAACUGAUUCCACAACAGCAACAGCAACAAUUACCACAGCUUUAUUCUCAAGCGGACGCACUACGUCAAUUGUAUGAACAAGAACUUCAUGAGAAACAAUUACUCAUGGCGAAAUUGAAUGAUAUGACAAAAGUAUCACGAACGCCAACACCACCUCCAACGGCAAACAAUGGAUAUCAUCAUACGUCUUCCUCAGUACAUCAUCAUCAUCACCAUAGUGAAUAUGACUAUUUAGUGAAUGGCAAAUCGUCUUGCUCAAUCUGUUCCAAUAGUCGUCUAUUGAAAGAACGUUUAGAAAACGCAAUUGACACAUGUUUAGCUGAUCAACGUAUACAAACAAUCAGACAAAUACCUAUUUUACCCCGACAGACAUCGGCAUUGUUACCAACGAAUACCAACGGUCUGUCAUCAGUUGAUAUAUUACGCAAACGGUACUAUGUUUGA